CGCCCAUGCCGUCAAACUGCCCGUCUAUAUAUAUAUUCAUGGCGGGGCUUAUAGCUUCGGUGCUGGCACAGAUCCCAUGUGGGAUCCGGCCCGCCUUGUUAAGAGAUCGGUCGCGAUGGGUACCCCGAUGAUUGUAGCCACCAUUAAUUAUCGCCUAAAUAUGUUCGGAUUUGCGGGUUCAUCGGACAUCAUCCACGCCCAACCAGACGUUCAACAGAAAGGAUGCAAUUUUGGACUAGGCGAUCAGCGAAUUGCCAUCCUCUGGGUGCGCCAGAACAUUGGCGCAUUUGGGGGCGAUGCGACCCGGAUCACCAUCGGUGGUCAGUCUGCUGGCGGAAGCUCGUCUCAUGCACACGUAUUGGAAGCAAUCCGGGGGAAAGGCGAGCCCUUAGUCCAGCGCGGAAUCAUCCAGUCCGGGGCCGUCGGGGUGCUCGGGCCCAUCCCCAUGGCAGUCGCCGACGCACGGUGGGAGGCCUUUUGUCAGCAUUUAGGAGCCCCGACCGGCGACGCUUCCUCCCGCAUCGCAUUCAUGGCCACCAUCGCCCCGUCAGAAAUCCUGCGAGCGACUGGCCAGUUGGGUUCUAUUGUCUGCCCUCUCGUGGUCGAUGACUUGACUAUCUCACAGAAGCCAAAUGGUCGCUGGAGGAUUCACUUCGCUGAUAAUGAGGCCAUAUCCCCGAGUGAUACGCCCACCCAAGAUGCUGGAGUAAUCUCGGCCUUGAUUGGUGACACAGACGUCGAGGCUGUAAUACACUUGGGUGAGGUGGGCAAGAUUCAAAGCUUUCCACACCUCGAAGAACUCUUAGCGGAUCAAGUAACGUCAACAGAGUUUAUGGAUAAGGUUUAUCAGGCCUAUGGUCUUCAACCAGAUGUGCCGGUGUCCGACCUUCGGAAAAGAGUUCUCCAGUUGUUGACGGACAUACAGUUUGGAUAUCCAGUGCAAUGCGCAAGGCAAGAGCUGAUGGGCUGGGAGAAAUCCAGAGACAAGGAUUCAGGAAGCACGGCCCGCCCUACAGCGGUGCACUCAUACCGCAUGAGCGUGGGCAAUCCAUUCCCAGGGCCCCGUUAUGGAUUGGCUCAGCACUGUGUGGAUUUGAUCUAUAUAUAUGACUGCAUCGCGGAGGCGUUACGAGUUGCAGAUGAGGCUCUACCUGCCAACGUUGAGACCAAUGCUGGCCUGGUGGAGCGCAUCCAAGAGGAUUGGGUCCGAUUCAUCACGGCCCCGUCGGUCAGUAGCCAGGCCGGCUGCGCAACUGUCUAUGGUAGCGACAGGACAGUGUCAUUGGUUCAUAUGGAAACAAAUCAGGCUUGGACAGAGAGGCUGCGCAGAUUCCAUCUUCUGGAGACAUACUGGGCUUCUGCGCAACAACUCAUAAAAGCACUGGCGGGUUCGGGGCAUGUUUUCUAGAUCUAUGAUAGCCACCUCGCGGAUAUGAAAGCCCGGACUGAUAGAAUAGGCUUGGAUUUGUUGCUUUGUUGACGGCCGCGAAGGCACCAACCACAGUAGCGUCUAGCUGUUGUUGUGUCCAACCCAUCCUCGGUCUUCCGGGCCUAUCCACAGGCCCGUAUAACCGGGGACCCAGCGGUAACGGAGCAUUUCCGGGUCCAGUGAUGAUUGCGGUACGCCCACGUAUUCAGCCACGGGUUGGCCAUCGCCGGGAGCACUUCCCGCGGAAUCCUCCAUGUUACACGACAAAGCUCGGCGCAGGAGCUUGGCAAAAGUGCGCUGGUAGUCCAUGUUCGUGGCUGCUACAAACAUGUCGAGGACUUGAAGGUUGAUCGUGCAAUUUCGUAAAAUUAGA